AUGGAGUGGCAGCAUUACUCAGCUGGUGCUGGGCUCUGGAUGCCGCUGAUGCUGCUCUGUUUGCCACUGCUGCAUGCCUGGAGCCUGCCUGCCGCCGCACCCUUGGAGUCCGCGUGGUCAGCAGUUGUGGCAGACAAGCCGGUGGCAGUUGCAACAGCAACGACACCAGUUCCUCGCCAGCUGAAUGAUAUCUCACCUUAUGUGGAUCUGGCUUUGUGUCCCAUUCGCUUGGAGCCCUGGGGCUGUGCCAAACAGAAAACGGCUCGAAUUCUCGAUGCCUGGGAUGAUGAACUCCAUAUGCAGUGGCAAAAGCUGAAAGUUGAAGCAGAUCGGCAGCUGAAUGCAACGAUUGAGAGACGUGGCUAUAGCGCCUCGGAGCUGCCCAUCAAGGAGAAGCCAUCGACGCUGCUCAAGAAAAUCGAGAUCGGCACCAAAUACAUGAAGGAAUAUUUGGCCGAGACGAUGGACGGUUUCCUUGGCCGUGAAUACGAAUCGAAACCGGAGUCGGCAGAUGAUAGUGAAAAUACUGACUAUGAUGAGGAGACAGAUGCGGAUACGGAGGGGGAUGCUGAUGCAGAAGGAGAGGCAGAGGGAGAGGCAGAGGCAGAGUCAGGUGCGGAAGAUGAGGAUGAGAACGAGAAGGAGACGGAGGCAGACGCUUCCAAUAGCGGUGAUCAGGAGACGAGCGAUGCUGAGGAGGAUGAGGCAGAGGAAGAUGCUGAGGAUGAUCCAGAAAAUGAAAGUGGACAGGCAGCAGCUGCCACAGCAAAUGCUGCACCAGUGGCAACCUCUGUGUUCAGUGAGGAUAACACAUCUGGCGCCGUGGAGUUUAUAGAGCUCGAGGAUGGCGAGGCGGAGGCUGCGGGUGCAGCCAAAAAACCAAGCGGAAGCAAGCGCAAGAAAGAUAAGAAACGCAAGCAGAAAAAGAAGAAAAAGGGGCAGCAAGAACAACCUGCAACAUUGGUUGUGGUGCAAGCAGCGCCAGAGCAUCACGAUGAACACGAGAGCAUCUCCACAGGAGGUCAUGGCGGAGGACAUGGAGGAGGACAUGGAGGAGGAGGACAUGGAGGAGGAGGUAGACCCGCAAAGAAGCGCAAACAAAAACGUGGCAAGCGUAAGAAGAAGGGUCAGCAACAGGCCACGUGGCAGGUGGAGGAAUCGAGUGAUUCACUGGGACUUGGUCUGCUCGAUGAGCUGUUGGAUGUGCCGGAAAUUGGAGGCGUAGGCGAAGGCGGCGGAGGAAAGCGCAAGCAUAAGAAACCCACAAAAUAUGGUAGAAGUAACGGAGUUACGCGCGGCAAGAAGAAGAAGAAGAGGAAGGCAUUCGCUAAACUGGUGCUGAUUGGCUCACUGCUGAAGUCGAAAAUCGAGUUACUCCUGAAAAUAUUGGGUGCCCAUUUGCAGGUCAAAUUCUUUGCCAUAGCCCUGAUUGGAUUGCUCAUAAAUAUAGCCCGAUUCUGGAUCGAUGUGAAGCGGGGCGGUACUCCCGCCAAGGUUGUCUAUGUCGAACAUGCUCAUCAUCAGCACCAUUAUGAGGAUCAUGGCGAGGAUUGGGGCGAACAGGGCAGCUACUGGAAGCGAUCCCUGCAAACGGAUCCCUCCGUCGAGGAUAUCGACUCCUCCACGGACAGCUAUCAGAAUAGGCCGCAUCAUCAGCAGCAGCCGCAACACGAUGCACAUUAUUUGGCCUAUCGCGGCAAUCAGCAUCAGUGGCAGUAGUAGUUGUGUGGCACGUGCCACAUAUACAUAUGUGCGGCAUAUACACAUAA